CUAAAAUCUCCGACCGGUUUCCCGCCGUUUGAACGAGUGCGGGUGUCCGGAGAGGUGCGGCCGAGGGCCCGGCCCUGUCCCUUAGUUAACCUGAGCUGGCCCUUCGGUCCAGCUGUUGAAGAGCUGCCCUCAGACUAGAGCAGAGCGGCAACCAGAACUGCAUACAAUACUCCAAGGGCGACCUAACCAACAACAUGUACAUUGGCUGAUGAAGGUUGCCUCUGGGAGUCAGGCCUGGAAUGUGAAAUACUAGUGAUUGUCGCUGGCUGGUGCUGCUGAUGAUGGCAAACAGCUCGGUGGAGCCGGGGUUGAGUGUGUGUUCCAGCCCUCCUCGUCACCUGGAGGAGUUGAAGCACCUGCCAUCCGAAGACUGGCAGCAGGAUGGCAGGGAGACCUGUCCCAUCACCCUGGAUACUGAUCUCCAUGUCAACCUGGGCGAUGGCGACUCGAGCUCCGAAUACGUGAACAACACGUCGGAGGAAGAAGACUAUGAUGAAGGAGUGCCUGAGGAGGAAGGAGUGACCUAUUACAUCAGGUAUUGUCCUGAGGAAGACAGUUACCUGGAAGACAUUGGAUGCACUGGAGGGAGCUGUGGGACUCAGACCGUUGCAGCCGAGGGUGAUGACAGCCAACAAGCUGUGGAGGAGACUUGGGCAGAAUCUGACGGUGUCUGCCAAGCUGUGGCAGAGGGGCCUGAAGAACAUGUUUGUGUCCAAGGGCCAGAGGACGUGGACCCUGCAGCAGCCCAAUCAGAAGUGGGCAGUGAAGGAAUUGGCAGCAGUGAAGGAACCCCCUGGGGUUACUCUCCCUCACGGCCCAACCCUCAGUCCCCACAGCCAUCCCAAUACCACAUCAAAUCAGAAGCAGAUCCAGAGGACGUGGAGGAGGACAUCGACCAGAUUGUAGCUGAAAUCAAAAUGAGCAUGAGUACAAGCAGCUUAAACAGUGUUGGUGAGCAGGGUCCAGGAGAGAAGGGUUCCAGUAGUAAGUCAGACACAGACCUUCACAGUUCUCAUGUGAAAGAAGAGGGGUGGCCACGACUGUGCCUGACGUCACCCACCGAAGGGAACAAUGGGGAGGCUCCGUUCAGUGAAAAACCUGGAGCAAGGGGCUCAGAUCAAUGGAAACAGCGAAGCUCUGGACAGGUAGUUGCAGACACAGAGCAGCCACGGAAACAGCAGCGCUCCGACCUCAAUGGCCCGGUCAACAACAACUAUGUCUGUGAGCAAACAAAGAUGCCAUCCUCCUUUCCCAACUUUGUGGAUGUUCCAGGUCCUUGUGAGCCAGAAGACUUGAUUGAUGGGAUAAUUUUUGCAGCCAACUACCUAGGCUCGACACAGCUGCUGUCAGAGCGGAAUCCUUCUAAAAACAUCCGUAUGAUGCAGGCCCAGGAGGCAGUAGCUCGCAUUAAGAGGGUACAGAAAACGUCAAAACCCAAGAAGAAAGUGGCUGCGGACGGGAACUCUCAGCCAAUGACCGAAGUAGAUCUCUUCAUUUCCACACAGAGGAUUAAAGUUCUAAAUGCAGACUCGCAGGAGCCAAUGAUGGAUCACGCCCUCCGUACUAUCUCCUACAUCGCGGAUAUUGGCAACAUUGUGGUUCUGAUGGCACGGAGACGGGUCCCACGAGCAGCCUCCCAGGAUUGUAUCGAGACCACUCCCGGGACCCAGGAAGGCAAGAAACAGUACAAGAUGGUGUGCCAUGUGUUUGAGUCAGAGGAUGCACAGCUGAUUGCUCAGUCCAUCGGACAGGCGUUUAGCGUAGCCUACCAAGAAUUUCUGCGAGCCAAUGGCAUUAAUCCCGAGGACCUUAGCCAGAAGGAGUACAGUGACAUUAUCAACACACAGGAGAUGUACAACGACGACCUUAUCCACUACUCCAACUCGGCCAACUGCAAGGAGCUGCACGUUGAGAAACUGAAGGGCGAGAUCUUUGGGGUGGUGAUUGUGGAGUCGGGGUGGGGCUCGAUUCUCCCAACCGUCAUCCUGGCGAACAUGAUGAACGGAGGCCCAGCUGCUCGCUCGGGGAAGCUCAGCAUCGGAGACCAGAUCAUGUCCAUCAAUGGCACCAGCCUGGUGGGGCUCCCUCUCGCCACCUGUCAGGGAAUAAUCAAGGGAUUGAAGAACCAGGUUCAGGUGAAGCUGAACAUUGUGAGCUGCCCUCCAGUCACCACCGUGCUGAUAAAACGGCCCGAUCUCAAGUACCAGCUGGGCUUCAGCGUCCAGAACGGCAUUAUUUGUAGCUUGAUGCGAGGUGGUAUCGCGGAACGCGGUGGAGUCAGAGUGGGUCAUCGCAUCAUCGAGAUCAAUGGGCAGAGUGUUGUGGCUACAGCCCAUGAGAAGAUUGUCCAGGCCCUGUCCAAUUCAGUGGGUGAGAUUCACAUGAAGACGAUGCCAGCUGCCAUGUUCAGGCUCUUGACUGGGCAGGAAACACCAUUAUACAUCUGAGAGUGGACCGCCCCAUCCUCAGUGAACAAGAGCUUCCAGGAAACCUGUCGAAACUUCUUUGAGGAUGAGAUGAUCAGUGGAAUGAAGACUAUGACAGUUCCUCCCGUGUCCUGUGCGUGUGCGGUGCGUGUCCCUUGUGUCUCUGUCUUGUCAGUCUGUGUGUCUGCAUGUCACUACCCUCCCUCCCCACCACGCUGUGGCCGCUGCCAUUGAGGCAUUGUACGGCACCUGCCCUCUGCUGGAAAAUAAGAAAAUUCUUUGCAUUUUAUAAAAUCAGACCCAGUUUCUUUCCAAAGUUAUUGAUGAAGACAAAUGUCACUGCCACAUGCUGUGGAUGUGCAAUAAAUAACUGAGUGUCCGAUAAAGAGGAGCAUUCAGUGACAAUCUGUUACCGUUAGCAAUGGGAACACAGAUACCUGACAGCCAGUUAACACUGAGCUCUUGGCUCCUCUCGUUCUUUACAGGGAGAUUCCUUUGUAUAUUUAUCCUCGUUAGUGUGCAACAGUUCAGCUGUAUAUCGCCAGUGACACGAGGCACGGUCUGGCCUUCGUUUGUGCAGUGUGUUGUUGCUGCUGGGCAAGUUGGCUACCUUAAGAGUCUCUGCCAUUUAUAUUUUGAAACGUUGUAGCUGCCAUUAGAGGCUCGAUUUUAGUUGUUUUUCCUCCUUGUUGGUCCAGUUGGAAGAGGGCAGAUUCUGUAGUCAGUUGUUUUAGUGACUGUUGUAUGAAGCUGAAGGUAGAGUAACAGAAUUUGAAAUAAAAGAUGUUAAUGACAGUUGAUGUUGAAAUAUCAAUGGAACAAAUCCAGAAAUGAUUACUGGCAGAGGGGAAGGGAGGGGACAA